UGGGUCCGCGCAGCGACCGUGAGCACCGCAGACAACAGUGACCGCUCUGGCCGGCUGGGGGGCUGCGGGCUGGGGAAAACGCGCUCUCACGCCGGCCGUGACUGCGCGGCGAGGACGAGACAUCCCGGCUCGGCCGGAGCCUGCUCGCUGCAGACGGCGUGACGUCAGCCGCCUCGCUCAGCCUGGGAGGAUCCCGACAGCGCCGCAGAAAACGGCAUCGCCUAACCCGGUCCAACCCGGGGAAGCGGAGUGGAGCCGGACUGGACCAACAUAUGAUUUAAAGGGGAAAGAGGGAGGCAGGGGAGGGAGCACGCAGGGAACGGCGGCUUUCAGCUGAUUUCAUGCGUGUCAUCAGUGCUCGCAGCGAUGACUGGACUGCGUGGUUGCUGACCGGCAGGUGCAUUGUGAGGCACGUUUAUUUAUUAUUUUAAUUAGAAGCCUCGUUUUUUUUUUUUGCGUUCCGUUUUAACCUUGUUUUUCCUGUCCGGGAAAAAAAAACGACAACAAAAUGGGCAGAAAAAAACUGCACCGCUUUCGCCUGGAAAGGGAUGCGGGCUUCGCCGAGAGCAAGACGCGACCGGGAACCAUCUAGAAGCCCCCAUCCAGGCCGCCGCGCCGGGCGACACGGGGAACAGGGAGAGUCCUGGCCCCUGCAUGCGUUCAACUACAGCGACAGAAAUAUCGGGUUUUAGCCGGCGGAAACGAUGCGCGUCGCCCUGGUCUCGGAAUUCAGGGGCUGAAAAAAAAAAAAGCGGAUUUCGGGACCUGCAGAGCAUCACCUGAGCCACUGAAAGCGAACGCGUCUGCGUCGCUCCCAGCCCGAUAAAGACUGGAACGAAAAAAGGCGAAAUAUAUUUAGACGGGCGAAUGACAUUUUGGGGCUUGAAUUAAAAAAAAAACACCGGUAUAUCACAUUAAAUUCCUCUAUAUUUGAGGGUUUUGUUUUUUUCUCCCCCGGAACUGCGCUGGUGGUGGUCGUGGUGGUGGAGUAGGGGGGGCGUCCGCCCGUGUUAUCGGAGCCUCUUGCCAAGAUGAUGGAGAUCUCGCUCGACGAGGUGGUCUACCAGGAUGACUACGGCUCGGUGUCGGUCAUGUCGGACCGGGUCUCCGGCCUGGCCAACAGCAUCUACCGCGAGUUCGAGCGCCUCAUCCGCAGCUACGACGAGGAGGUGGUCAAGGAGCUGAUGCCGCUGGUGGUCAACGUGCUGGAGAACCUGGACUCCGUGCUGACCGAGAACCAGGAGCACGAAGUGGAGCUGGAGCUGCUGAAGGAGGACAACGAGCAGCUGCUCACCCAGUACGAGAGGGAGAAGGCGCUGCGCAAACAGGCGGAGGAGAAAUUCAUCGAGUUUGAAGAUGCGCUGGAGGCGGAGAAGAAGGAGCUCCAGGCGCAGGUGGAGAUGCUGGAGCUGCAGGGAAAACAGAUGGAGCUCAAGACCAAGAACUACUCCGAUCAGAUAUCCCGACUGGAGGAGCGCGAGUCCGACAUGAAGAAGGAGUACAACGCUCUGCACCAGAGACACACUGAGAUGAUCCAGACCUAUGUGGAGCACAUCGAGAGGUCCAAGAUGCAGCAGGCUGGGACUAACGCCAGCCAGACGGAAGGAUCGGGCAGUGGGAGAACUCAACGCCACACGUGGAGGAGAAGUCGGACGGAGCGGCCGCCCUCCCUCAGUCUGUUCGCCAGCACGGAGGGGAUGGACGACGAGUCGGAAUCGGGCCAGUCCUCCGUGGCCGCCACCCCCAGCAGCAACGGCUCCAAGUCGAACACGCCCACCUCGUCGGUGCCCUCGGCCUCCGUCACGCCCCUCAACGAGACCUACCAGCCCACCACAGGCUUCGACGCGGCCUGCACCAACAACAAGAGGAAGGGUGCCAAGCGGCUGAGCCGCAACAUGGAGGUGCAGGUCUCCCAGGAAACCAGGAACGUCAGCAUCGGGAUGGGCAGCAGUGACGAGUGGUCGGAGUUUCAUGAUAUCUUUGACUCCACCCCGGAGCCAGACAUGUGUAUGGACCCCCGCAUUUACGGUGGUGGAAAUAGCCCUUCGCAAGGCAUUGUCAACGAGGCCUUCGGCAUCAACACAGACUCGCUGUACCACGAGAUCAAGGACACAAAAUCCGACAUCAUUGGAGACGUGGACGCUGGGGCUGAGCUGCUUGGGGAGUUCUCAGUGCGUGACGAUUUCUUCGGAAUGGGGAAGGAAGUGGAAAACCUGCUGACGGAGAACAAACAACUCCUUGAGACCAAGAAUGCCCUGAACAUUGUGAAGAAUGACCUGAUUGCCAAGGUGGACGAGCUGUCCAGCGAGCAGGAGGUGCUGAGGGAGGAGUUGGAAGCAGUGAGGCAGUCCAAAAUCAAGGUGGAGAACCGGGUCAAAGAGCUGGAGGAAGACCUGAAACGAUUGAGAGCAGAGGCCAUAGGAACCACACAGGAGUCCAAGGAGGAGGAAACUGACGAUGUAAGCAUAGUGAAUAGUGUAAGGGGAAUCCAUACGUACAGUAACUGUUUGUUUUUUAUCUUCCUCCCCAGAGCUUCCAGAGAUAAUUCACAAAUUCAAGAAAAGAAAAAAUCCACCAUCUGGCAGUUCUUUGCCCGGCUCUUCAGCUCCUCGGCCAACCCUCCUCCUGCCAAGCGACCCUACACCAGCGUCAACAUCCACUACAAGUCGCCCACGCCGGCCGGCUUCUCUCAGCGCCGCAGCCACACCAUGUGCCAGCUGUCCUCGAACAGCCACAUGAGCUUCUUCCCCCACGAGGACGACGGCGCGCUGUCCACCCGCCGGGAGCAGAGGAGGGAGCAGUACCGGCAGGUCCGGGAGCACAUGCGCAGGGAGGACGGGCUGCUGCAGACCUGCGGCUGGAGCGUGCCGCCGCGCUACAAACAGACAGGCUAUCAGCUGGAACUUUCACAGGAGGGGCCCGCGAAGAAGCACCAGCUGAGCCCGAAUGGAGGCCAGGAGGAUAACCGCAUGAAGAAUGUCCCGGUCCCGGUAUACUGUCGUCCCCUAGUUGAAAAGGAUCCGAAUCGGAAGCUGUGGUGUGCCGCGGGCGUGGACCUGACCGGGUGGAAGCAGGCCGAAGAGACGCCUCCCAAUGGGCUGAAGGCCUCUUCCAGCGGCUCUGACCCCCUGUCGGCCGAGGCUGAAGCGCAGGAGGACCAGAGCAGCCACAGCUCCCCCGAGAAGAAGAAGCCAAAGGAGCUGCAGGAGACGGACUCCCUGUGCAGCCGAGUGUGGAUCCUCACCAGCACUCACUCCGCCAGCAAGGUGGUGAUCAUCGAUGCCAACCAGCCCGGCUCUCUGGUGGACCAGUUCAACGUCUGCAACGCCCAUGUGCUGUGCAUCUCCAGCGUGCCAGCGGCCAGUGAGAGCGAUUACCCGGCGGGCGAGAUCUUUCUGGAGACGGGCGAAGGGGGCUCGGAGGAGAAGGGGGGCAUGGAGGGCAUGCUGGCGGGCAUUACGCUGGUGGGCUGCGCCACCCACUGCAGCGUGGUGCGCAGCAACUGCUCGUCACGGACCGACACCCCUGUAGUGGACAAGGGGCAAGGCCACAUGGCGCCCCUGCUGAAUGGGAAGAUAAACGUGUCUCAGUCUGCCGAGGAAGCCACUGAGGCCACCGAGGUGCCGGAGCCUGUGGCCAGUGAGGCCGAGAGGCUGGCAUCCCGGCCGGGCCCCUUCACUGAGCACGUCUUCACAGACCCUCAGCCCCCCGCUGGGGACGGCCCCCUCAGCAGGUACAGGCACUGGCUUUAUGUGCACUCUGCUGUUUCUAACUGGAAGAAAUGCCUUCACUCAAUCAAGCUGAAGGACUCUGUGCUCAGCAUCGUGCACGUGAAAGGGCGGGUGCUGGUGGCUCUGGCAGAUGGGACGUUAGCCAUCUUCCACAGGUCUGAAGACGGCCAGUGGGAUCUCAGUAACUACCACCUGAUGGACCUGGGCCGGCCACAUCACUCCAUCCGCUGCAUGGCCAUGGUGCACGAUAAAGUGUGGUGUGGCUACAAGAACAAGGUGCACGUCAUCCAGCCCAAGACCAUGCAGAUCGAGAAAUCCUUCGACGCCCACCCGCGGAAGGAGAGCCAGGUGCGGCAGCUGGCGUGGAUCGGAGACGGCGUGUGGGUGUCCAUCCGGCUGGACUCCACCCUGCGGCUCUUCCACGCGCUCACCCACCAGCACCUGCAGGACGUGGACAUCGAGCCCUACGUCAGCAAGAUGCUGGGUACCGGCAAGCUGGGCUUUUCCUUCGUGCGCAUCACAGCCCUCCUCAUCGCGGGGAAUCGCCUCUGGGUGGGGACAGGGAACGGCGUGGUCAUUUCUAUCCCGCUGACGGAAACUGUAGUCCUACACCGGGGACAGCUCUUGGGUCUGAGGGCCAACAAAGUGUCCCCGACCUCCUCUGGUGGGGUGAUCCACGUGUAUGCCGACGACAGCUCGGAGAAGACCAACGGCAGCUUCAUCCCUUACUGUUCCAUGGCUCAGGCGCAGCUCUGCUUCCACGGGCACAGGGACGCCGUCAAGUUCUUUGUGUCGGUGCCAGGCAACGUGCUGGCCACCUUGAACGGCAGCGUGCUGGACAGCCCCUCGGAGAACCCCAGCUCAACAGAGCCCCCAGAAGCUGAGGCGCAGCGCCUGCACAACGUCCUGGUCCUGAGUGGUGGGGAGGGCUACAUCGACUUCCGCAUUGGCGACGGGGAGGACGACGAGACAGAAGAGACCUCCGAGGGCGCUCCUCAGAUCAAACCCACGCUCUCCAAGGCUGAGAGGAGCCACAUCAUCGUGUGGCAGGUGUCCUACGUGCCAGAGUGAGACCACUGUCGCCCCGCGCUCGACACCCCCCUGCCCUCUCUCUGACGGCACGCCGCCCCAACCCCUCUGACCAAACUGCCCCGCAUCCUGACAGCCUGAAACAGGCAAAAAACAAACUGCUACGACUGAAUAUAACCCCCCCCCCACCUCUCGCACCUCAGACCAACCUGCUGUCACUGAAUGAACCCCUAACCUCCCUCCUUCAGCUCACACCUUACUGCAGGACAGAUGGCUUAGGAUUCCCCGACGACCCCCAUACCAGACCUGAAUCUGUCAAAGGGGACCAAAGACACAAAAGAAACAGAUGUCAUGGUGGAGACCUGCGUGGCUCACGAGAAGGAUGAAGGUUGGUUUCUAGCGUAGCGCUUGAGUUGUGUGUGUGGGACAGCGGCUGUGUGACACCAUCCAGCCAGUGAGAGGGAAGCCUAGGGCUCCCUUUGAACAAAAAAAAAGAGGAGAAUCUGUACUUAGAGGAACUUGAAAGUGUGGAAUAAGGGCUGAGGGCAAGUUGGUGAUGGGAUCUUUUGUGUCUUAUUUAGCUGUCAGUGUUAGAUUUCUGGGGCAUGGUAUGACUGGCUUUCACAAUAACCCCGUUUGGAACAGUGUAUCCAUGGUGGGAUCCCAAAGUGGUUGUGUGCUGCUUCCUAAAUUCCAUUCUCAUUGAAUGUAGUGCCCUGUACCUUGCUGGAUCCCCUUAUUUUAUUAGUCUGUCAAGUAUGAAAGGGUGUUGUAGUACAUUAGGACUGGCGAGUGCAUGCUUUAAUGGGCACAUAGAUACAGGCGUAGAGAUGGAGGUCAUUUUGUAGACAAGGGACACUAACUAGGGCAAGUUGCCCUGACUUUGGUCAAGGCAACUGAAAAAGCAGGAAGUGAUGUAAAGUACGGUUUUAAACUGAAUUGUGGGACCAAAGCUUCCUGCUUUUAUGGGAUUUUAUUUUUCCAACUAAGCUGUAUUAUGAUCUUUCCAGCCGCCAUACUCUGGUAACUUAAUUUGCUUAUGUGCAGCAUUUACCAGAGACUGUAAAUAAUCAACUGCAUGUGUAUAUAGUGCUCUCCUUCCCAAAAGGCUCCAGCGAGCAUUACCCAUAAGAGAGAGCCCAUCUAAUCCUCCAAUGAGGUGCAGCACCCACCUGCGUGACACACAGCAGUCAUUCUGCCCCAGCAGCUCCACUUCACAGCAGGCAAGCUAGGGAAGUGAGAUGUUGCUUACUCUUCUGAAUGAAGGGGAACUUUAGGGAGGACUGCUUGUGCAAAGAGGGGAGAUUUUAGCCAGAACACUGGAACUCAUGAUUCUACUCCUACAAGCAGUGCCCUGGGAUCUUUAAUGACGAAUUAUUUUAGACCUGAUUUAACAUCUCACAUGACCGUCUGCGCCUUCUUCUGCACAAUGUCCCCAUUCAUGCAUUGUUUUUUUUGGAAAUUCUGGUCGGGAGGGAAAAGCACCACAAACUGGUUCCACCAACACCACUACUGGUCCCAAUCUGGUUGUCCUUGGAGGUUGCCCAUCCCACACUAACAAGGGGGGUAACCCUGUUUCAACCAAGAGGAAGCAGCCAGAAAGACUCACAGAAAAUAACAAAUGUCAAUCAAUGUGUGAAAGGGUUUAGUGGAGUUUCCCACUUCUCCUAGCCAAUAAACAUGAAAGCGCUGACUGGUUAACCCAAGUAAUCGCUAAGGCCUUGAUAACUACGUAGAACACAAUCGCAUUGCAGACCCUGUCAGCUAAUUCUGUCAAUAGACCAGACACUUCCAUCUUGAAGUGACUGUAAAAUCCCCAGUCUGGUUUGUCCCUUAACCAAUAACCCCCCACUGUGACCUGCAGUAAGGUGUGAUCAGAUUGGCUCAUGUGUCUCCCUCCAUGAUUCCACUGUGUGAUGUAUGUAAACUACCUUGUAUGUUGUAAAGGGGCCAGGAAGUAAUGCCUGUGAUCAGCCUUGCUCUCAAGGAGGUUUCCUGUAAAGCGACUGCUGUAAGAAUAUCUCCCUGCUUCUUCCUCUGUGCUAUGUAAUAAACUCAUCAAACAUGGAAAUCUUAUCUGUAUGUAAUAAACAUAUUAGUGAAACACA